AUGGCAGGCGCGGCUCCGGUGCCUGCCCAUGAGCUUGCAGAGCUCCGGCGCACCGAGCGCGAGGUUAUGGCCUCAAUCCUUGGUUCCGACUUUCAGGUUCUGCAGCCCAAGGCUUGGCACGGUGCCGCAGCCGCCAAGGUCGAGACCUAUGAAAUUGUGCUGCGGCCAGAGGACGAGUCGCAAAAAGCGCACGUAGCAGUUGUGCUGCAUAUUGCGCUGACGCGCACUUAUCCGAAUACGCAUCCUACUGUGCAUGUGCGUGCAAACGAUGCACGUACGCGCGGCGUGCCGCCGAGCAGCCUGGAGGAGCUGGGCGAGGUGCUCCAGGGAAAGGCGCGCAGCUUGAUAGGCGCCGAAAUGAUCUGGGAGCUCGUCAGCGUUGCCCAAGAAUUCAUUAGCGUGCACAAUGCAGCACCUGCGCAGGACUCGUCUACGGCCAAGCUUAGUCUGGAAGAGCGCAUGCGAAAACGCGCCGAGACCGAGCAGCAGGACGAAGAACGACGCGUGCAAGAAGAACACGCGCAGCGCGCAGAAGCUGAGCAACAGCGCUCGCGUGAGCUUGCAACGCUCAUCGAGAGCGAGACUCGACGUCAAAAAGCGGCGAUCCGCGAAGAGCGGCGCAAGCUGCGCGACACGCCGAUGGCGCCGCCGCCGCCGGUCCCGUCCGAGGCAAGCGCGAGCGUCGAGAUGGAAAAGGCCGACCAGGAGGCAUUUGCCUUGGCUUCGGUGCCCCUGCCCGCCUCGCCGGUGCGCCGAGGGCCGCUCCUCGAGACUUUUCCGCUGGCUCGCAGUUUUGUUGCUUUCCCUGAGCAACUUGCCGACGCCAACGAGACGCUCUGGGCACUAGACAUUACGCCGAUCACCGCGCCGUACUAUGCCGGCGCAGCUGGGAGUCGCAAACUCGACGAUCUCGAGGCGGAUUUGCACACACUGCAAAAGAUCCGUGCGCCGUCUCUUGCGCCGCUCUUGGGCUUUGUACGUGCCCCGCUCCGUACGCCUGAGCUUCCGCAGGCGAGUGCUCUGUGCAUUGUACGCUCUGGUGCAGGUGCGUGGCGUAUGAGCCAGCUUCUCGCGCAGUGCCGCACGCUGCCGUGGCCAAGCGUGCGGUCGCACCUGCAAUGCCUGCUAGAUGCGCUGCAUGCGCUGCAUUCUGCGCAGCUGGUGCACCGCCAAGUCGCACUCGAGCACAUCCUUUUGGAGCACGAGCAAGUACGCCUCUCGGGCGCCGUGUACCGCCGGCGCCUGUGGGACAUGCAUCGCUCGAAUUCAUUAAAUGCGAUGCGUACAGAAGAGACGCCUGCUCCCGACCUAUGGCGCUCGCCGGAAGCGAUUAGCGAUCCGAUCAACUACUAUGCGCCCCGCGACCUGUGGGACCUUGGCCGCUGUGCGUGCCAGAUGCUGUUUGGAACGCACGUCAUGUAUACGUAUGCAUCGCCAGAGCAGCUCUGGGACUCGAUGCAGGGCGAAGAAGUACGGGAAGCCAAGGCAUUCCUGCAGCGGCUCAUGCACCGCUCGCCGCAGGCUCGGGGUACCGCUGCCGAGCUGCGUACAUUGCUCGACGAGACGAGUGCGUCGCAAUGGCACAGCGAAGUCGAGCCGGUCUCGCCUGCACGUACCGUGGCAGCGCGUGCGAUGCAUCAGUCAUUGCGGCCACAGCGGCCGCCCCGCCAUGCUCCUCAGCCCGAGCCCAUCGGUUCGUUCUGGCAGCUACGCAACGUCGCGACGCCGAGCUACCAGCCCGUGUCGCGCUAUCUGAGUGACUUUGAGGAAGUGGAAUUCCUUGGGAAGGGCGCGUUUGGUGUGGUGGUCAAGGCCAAGAACAAGCUUGACGGUCGCUUUUACGCUGUAAAAAAGGUGCGACUCAGCAGCUCGGCGGCCGAAGAAGAGCGGACGAUGCGCGAAAUCAUGACCCUUUCGCGUCUCGACCAUCCUCAUAUCGUGCGCUAUGUGACGUGCUGGAUCGAAGAAACGCAAGUGCCGAGUCUCUCGGCCAUCGGGCCAGAGACCUCCUCGGAGAUGGCCAUGACGACGAGUCAGCAGAUGGAUGCGAGUGCCAUUCGUGCACUGAACCGCUUUGCGCCGCAUGCCGUGGGCGGCGGAGGCAGCAACCUUGACGACUUUUUGUCGACAGACAAGCAGGAUAUCUCGGAUCUGGACUCGUACAUUGAGUUUGGCAGUGUCCAUGACGACUCGAAUGUCGCUAGCGAAGCCAAUGAGAACCGCAGCAGUGCGCUUUGGGCUAGCCGCAGCGAGUCCAACUUGUCGGACAGCAGUUCGUCGAGCGGCGCAAGCUUGGUGAGCCCGACGCCACCCGUGCCCAUGUCUUCGUCGCAGGAUCGCGGCACAGGCGCGACGCGUGUGCUCUACAUUCAAAUGGAGUACGUCGAGAACCAGACGCUGAGUGAUGCGAUCGAACGUGGUCUCUCCGUCGACGAGGCCUGGAAUAUUUUCCGGCAGAUGCUCGAGGCGCUUGUGCACAUUGCGAGCGUCGGCAUCAUUCACCGCGACCUGAAGCCCAGCAAUGUGCUGAUGUACGGCAAUGGCGAUAUCAAGAUUGGCGACUUUGGCCUCGCUACGACCAACCUCCAGACGAUCGAGACGGGGAUGCGCGAGUCGGUGUCGAGCGAGCAGAGCGGCGACGACAAAGAGCUGACGUCGGGCCUCGGCACGUUUUCGUACAUUGCGCCCGAGGUACUUGCAAAACAAGGCCUUAGCACGCGGUACAACUUCAAGGUCGACAUGUUUUCUCUUGGUGUGAUGUUUUUCGAAAUGCUCGCAUCGCAGCGGUACUACAAGACGACGAUGGAGCGCAAUCAGCUUAUUCGCGACCUUCGGCAGCCGUCCAUCGAGCUCCCUGCAUCUUGGGACGAGGAACAGUUUCCCGCGCAGACGCAAAUCAUCCGUCAACUACUCAGUCAUGACCCCUCGCAGCGUCCGUCCCCGAUGGCGAUGCUACACAGCCCCCUUCUUCCACCAAAAAUGCAGGACGAGUACGUGGAAGAGCUUCUACGUCUCGCCGCAAGCCCGUCCAGCGUGCACCGUCACCAACUCAUUGCAUCACUCUUUUCCAAGACGACGAUUGACGAAAUUCGCGACUUUACCUUCGACACGGGUGCGCAGAGUGACGAAGACGACGUGUUGGUCGGCGUCGUCUGCCAGUACCUUCGCAGUGUCUUUCAAAAACGGGGUGCCGUGCCGGUGCAUCCGCCCCUUCUUUUUCCGCCAAACGACGCGCUGAUUGCCGAGACAAACGUUGUGAAACUGCUCGACAAGACUGGCAAUGUGGUGUUGCUUCCGUUUGACCUUACUCGAUUCGACAUCGCAGAUGUCUACCGCGAGAACCUCUUGGCCGGUGGCCAGCCUCGCGCGGUGCUUGCAGCGAGCUACGACAUCGUGUCGCCGGACCCCGAUUAUGCUUCCGAGGCGGAAAUGCUCGAUGUCCUUGACGAGAUCCUCGACAUCCCCGGCCUCGCAGGAGAGCCGUGGGAGAUGGAACUUGGACACGAGACGAUUGUUGACGUGCUUCUGCGACGCUUCCCCGAACGCAUUCGUCCUGCAAUUGUGAGUGCGCUGCCUUUGCUACUGGUGCGCCAUGCCGAGCAGCGGACUAAGCAGCAGCUCGCCCAGCUCGGUCUGACGGAAGUGCAGCUCGACGAUCUUGAUGCUUUGCAUCUACGUGGUGACGUGCAGAGCACGACAGAGAAGCUCUUGACACUGCUUACACCGUCGGAACGCGGCGCACUCGCAGCGCCCAUUGCAGCCAUGCAACGCAUCGCACAGCUUGCGCACCAGUUUGGCGUACGCCACAAGCUCCUUUUCAUGCCACUCAUUACGCAUGGCCUUCAGCGGUACCAGCAUGGCACGAUUUUUGCCGUGGUCAAGCAUGUAAAUACCAAGCACCGCGAAGUGCUGGCGGUGGGUGGCCGGUAUGAUCAGCUCCUGGCUCGGUUUGCUUUCCCCAGCACGUCGACCACGGCCGUCACGACGCCGCGUGCGGCCGGCGUACAGAUCGCUGUGGGAAAGAUUGUGGCCGCCCUGGCCAAGUACCAACAACUCUGUACUCUGCUAUGGGCAAACGGAAUCAGUGCCGAUAUUCAGUACGAGCACAGUGCUGGCGAAUCGCUCGAAAUCACGACAUCCAUGUGUCGUGCAGAAGGCAUUUUUUUCCUGAUCCUCGUGCGUGCACACAGUCCGGUGCUCAAGAUCCGGGAGGUGAUUCCGCGGACAGAGCACGAGGUGGUGCGCGAAGAGCUCCUGCCAUUCUUGCAGGACCGCAUCGCACGGCAGCGACGCAUUGAUCUACACACGGCGGGCGGAACACAAGCGCGGCCGAGCCUGCCCGAUCUGCAAGCUCGGCCAACGACGCUUGCGACCAAAGGCUCGGCGUCGGCCUCUGCACCCGGACCGAUGCGCACGGUCCCUGCAUCCGAGGUGCACGUCUCCCUCCCUCCCCGUAUGGAGCGGUCGCGGCGUGAGCGCCAAACCGAGCGUCGUCUCAAGCCGGCCGCGCGGCAAGCGCUUGCGGAAAAAGCGGCGGCCGAAGCGGCGCGUCUGACCGAGGUGCUUGCGACCGGCAAAGUCCCCGUAUUUGCGGUCGACCUCUCUCCGCCCCUCUUGGCCCGCUUUGCCGGUGUCGCGACCGCCUCGGACGAGGCUUUCCGUGCGCAAAUGGCCGAUGUGCCGCACGAGGAGCGCGAAUAUGUCAAGGUGCUUCGUGCGCAAAUUCUGCAUGCAACACGUGCGGACGAAGGCAAUGCAGGCGUGGGGAAUGCAUCGCCCGCCUCGCCCUCGCCGCUGGCCGGGCGUGCGGACCCCAUGGCAUUGGCUGCUACCCCUAUGCCCUAUGGUCGUGUCUUGCUCUAUUCCAUUCGUGAAGGGCGUCUGCUCUUGACAGAAUAA